CACACACACACACACACACACACACACACACACACACACACAGAGAGCUCACUCAUCAGAGCGGAUUGAGGAGUGCAGUCAGCGGUUUUGGUGAGAGAUAUCUAGAUCAUAUCUGGAUUAUAUCAAUAGCAUCAGAUAUCGAUCUCCAUCCUCCAUAUGGGGUUCGCGGAGAUCCUCGGGGGGCUGCGGGAGCGCGCGGAGCGGCUCCUCACGGAGCCCAGCCCGCUGAGCGCCGUCCUGGGACGGCUGGAGGAGAGCACCGGCGUGAGGAGGAAGAUCCUGGCCCUCGGGGCAGUGUCUCUAACUGGACUCUAUCUGGUUUAUGGAUACGGAGCCUCUCUCCUUUGUAACCUCAUCGGCUUCGUCUAUCCUGCGUAUUACUCUGUGAAGGCCAUCGAGAGUGAGAACAAAGAGGACGACACCAAGUGGCUGACCUACUGGGUGGUCUACGGGGUCUUCAGUCUGGGGGAGUUCUUCUCUGAUAUCUUCCUCUACUGGUUCCCCUUCUACUAUGCCUUCAAGUGCCUGUUCCUGCUGUGGUGCAUGGCCCCGGUGGCGUGGAACGGCUCCCAGGUGAUCUACAACCGGGUGGUGCGGCCGUUAUUCCUGCGCCACGAAGCCGCGGUGGACAGCAUGAUGAACGACCUCAGUGGGAAGGCCAUGAGCGCCGCCGAGGCCAUGACCAGAGAAGUACUUUGUACUCUGGUGAAGAACCAGUCUCUGUUGACCCCGCCUUCAGCCCAGAUGGGCCGGGACCCCCAGAAGAGCUUACCCAGCCCGGCGGACCCCCAACCGGACCCCCGCACGGACACCCCGCCUGAACGCCCCCCGUUUCUGGGCUAAACUCCAGGAGGAGGAGAAGGAAGAGGUUGAGGAGGAGGUGGUGGAGGAAGAGGUGGAGGAGGAGCUGGAGGAGGAGGAGGAGGAGGAGGAAAAGGAGGAGGAAGAGGAGGCGGUGGUUGAGGACGAGGAGGAAGAGGAGGAGGUGGAGGACGACGGCGCUGAUACAAUCCAAAUUAUUGUUAUUAAUAUUUAUAAGUAUGUAGGCCUACAACAUAAUAUAUCAAAAAUGUAUACAUUUGUUAAAAAUAAUUCAUCAAUUCAGCAGUAUUCAUUUACAACAUUUGUAUUAUUUGAUCAUAACAUCCUGAUAUAUAAUGUAAUAUGUAAUAUAUACGUAUUGUGAUGAUGAUGAUGCUGUCAUUGUUAGUAAAACUGUUGUUAUUGACGUCAGCUGUAGCCUAUUAGCCUAUAGCCUAUACAUAGAGCAUGUUGCCUAUUGUCCGAGGCUAGUCGGCUAUGUUUGAAUGACAAAGUGAAUUUGAUAGGAAAUUCAUAAUAUUUAUGCUCACUUUUUUACACGAAAUAAAAAGAAAGCUUGUAAGCAACUA